AUACAGUAAGGAGAUUCCCUAUAUAAAUGAGUUGAACUUUGGAUUUAGACCAUAAGCACUAGUAUUUGUUGUGCUCAUCAAAGAAUCAAUCAAUACAAACAAUCGAAAUGAAAUCACUAUACCUAUCUUCUUCACAGAAUUAUUGUCCUCCUCAAUUCAGAGGUACACAAAACAUCACAAAUCAUCCUACAAACAACUUUGUAACAUUUAGAAAAGUUUGGGCUAAACAAGAGAAGGAUGAUGAGAAUGAGAAAGAAGAACCAAAAAAGAGAAAACAGUCUUUGUUUAGUAGUGUAACUGAAGCUUUAGAUUUCUCUCAAGUUAGGUCUGCUGAAGAUGCUGUACUUAUAGAAGAAGCUAGAGAUGCAACUAAGUCUGGAAAAAGGAUGAACCCUGAACAGUAUGGAGCGCUUCGUCGGAAAAUUGGUGGUACCUACAAGGACUUCUUCAAAUCAUAUGUUGAAGUGGACGGGGAAUACGUCGAAGAAGGUUGGGUAGACAAGACAUGUAAAGUCUGCAAGAAAGACACCAAAGGCGAACCAAGGCAAGUUGACAGCGCUGGCCGAUAUGUUCACAUUGCUUGUGUUGGAAAAUCCAAACCGGGCAACUUCUUUACUAGAUUAUUCUCAUAAAACCUCAUAAGAUUGUAUACACGUUCUUACAUAUUAUCGAAGAAGAACAGGAUAUGUUGGCUGUAUAGCCGAGUCUCAAGAAUCUCAACCGGUAUGUAACAGCGCUUCGGCAAAGUUUAUGCAUUUCAAGUUUUGACUCUCACAAUAGUACUAGAGACAUGAUGGGUGUUCUUUGGUCCUAAAAUCCGUUGGUGUUUAAGAGCUAACUCUUUCGGCUCGCAGAAUUCAAAUUGAGACAGUUAAGGUUCUACAGAGCCAGAUACCUGAAAGAUUGUUGGCCUUUCUUACUUUGGCACCAACUCAUUCCACUUACCUUCUAUAUAAUAUGAGAUGUUGGUA